AUGCGCCUUCCCCCUCCCGCCGCAGCAGCAGCAGGCCCGGGCUGGCCAAUGAAGAGGGAUGCACCUGCAGAGCCGCUGAGCUGGUGCAAUUCUCUGCGCCUCAACACCACCGCCGUCCCCCCCCCCCGCCUCCUCCACUCCGGCAAGGAGCUGCUGCAAUGGAAGAGCCGCACAGGAGCGCAUGCACUCCCGUCUGCUGCGGGGGCUCCGCACAGAGGCAUUGCAGCUAGAUCGGAUUCUGCCACGUCAGCCAAUAGCCGCCGCCAACCUGAUCUCAACUUGGUGCUAGUCCGCGCCGUUCUCCUGAGCCGCCGACCACCUCGAAUUGAGGUCAUCGACUUCCAACCUCAGAGAGGCAUUCUGAAUCACGUGCUCGCUAAUGGACUGCUUCCCUCCCUCAGGGACAUGGCAAUGGAUUCAGUAGACUGGUGGAUACUGGGGGGUGGGGGUGGGGAUAGGUGGAGAAUGACUUAA